UCGCACGUCUGGCGAACCAACACUAGUCGCGCGGUACGAGUUAUUUAAGAAGUACUUAACGGUACUCAACAAGCUUCAAACUGUUUUCGAGUCUCGGAAAAGUUUUUAAGAAGAGCGGCGGUGAGGCCGAAGCGCAUUCCAGCUCUUCGGAUAACCGCGACGAGGAUUCGGCAGAUUCCGUCUCGUUGAGUAGUCGCAUACUCCCCGAGAUGGCUGCCAUCAUAUCCAAGCUCAAGAGCUCACCGAGCACUUUGCCGCUGCCUCUCGAAAACAAUCCUAUUCUUCAGUACUUCGAUAUCGGGAGGGAAACGAGCUGCGCUGGACCCAGUCUCGUGUGGCGUGUGCACGACGCUAUUCGCAAAACUGAUUUAAAGGAAUGCUCGGUGUUCUUCUUCGAUAAGCGGAUAGCAGAUAAACUUUACAAGCCAAAAAAGAAGGAGAGUAUGCUUGACCGUAUUAAGGCAAGCGUGAACAUGCUAGACAGAUUGCGCCAUCCGAGGAUGCUACAAAUAAUUCAUUCACUUGAAGAAGGUCAGCAUACUCUGGCGUUUGCAUCCGAAUCUGUUUAUGCAAGCCUCCAUAACAUCCUAGCUUGGCAAGAGUCAUCCCCGAUACCUCCGGGUGGCCAGAUGCCCGUAAUGCCGCAUCCCAUAUCAUUGGGACCGCCGACAGCGCAAAUGAUGCCACCUCAACCGCCAUCCCAGCGUCCUCCAUUUGCUCGAGAAUAUCAUUUUCUCGACAUUGAACUUCGUUUUGGCAUGCUUCAGAUCAUCGAAGCGCUACAUUUCAUGCACUACAGCAUUAGGCAAAUCCACCGCAACAUUUGCCCGCAAAUCAUCAUCGUUACUAAGCGGGGGACUUGGAAGCUCUUUGGACUCGAAUUUGUCGAAACCGUCGUUGGACUUGAUCCAACUGAUAUGAUCGCCGUGCCACCAUGGUCUAUAAAAGUAGCCAAGAUAUGCCAACCAAACCUUGAUUACUUAGCUCCAGAAGUGCAGAUAAAUGGACAUUGUACCAUACUAUCCGAUAUGUUCUCCUUGGGGCUGAUAAUAUGCGCUCUGUUCAACCAAGGCAAGUCGCUGCUUCAAGCUAACAACAACCCCAUGCUUUACAUGAGGCAGAUUGAGUUUUUGGACCAGCAAGUGAACGCCGUGCUGUCUCGUAUACCGCCGGGUCUGCAAGAGGCCGUACAGCGUCUGCUCUCUCGGGACCCGCACCCGCGUCCCUCAACUCAACUGCUGCCGCUCAUCAACUACUUUAAAUGCCAAAGCGAGCCAGCUAUUCAAGCGAUGCAGUUCCUGGAUGUCAUCAGUAUGAAAGACGACGCUCAAAAGAUUCACUUCUACAAAGGACCCCUGAUUGAGGCUCUGCCGUUCAUACCGAAGAAGUUACGUUGGCAGCUUGUUUGGCCAGCUAUGGAGGGCGAGGUCAAGUCUCCAGAGAUUUUGGGCUCCGUUCUCGGUCCCAUUAUGUGGAUGACGAAUGAAUGUACUCUGGAGGAGUUUGAGAGCUUUAUCCUACCAGUUCUGAAAAGCGUGGAUUUCAUGGACCUGAUGGAAUCAUCGAACACUGAGCCCUGUGAAACGUUGCUAGAGAACUUGCACUAUUUGAUAAGUAAGUCUUCGCAGGAGGAAACUAACAACAAAAUCAUGCCCCUGCUUUACGCUGCUAUGGACAACGAUAACAGGCACAUACAGACGGCGGCUUUAAUUGCCGUACAGAAUAUAACAGGUUUUAUCACUGAUAGAGAAUUACACAACAUAAUUCUAACCAAAGUGAAGACUCUGCUCGAACUGAACCAGAAUGAUGUCAAAGUUAUAAACCUAGUACUCGGUUUCUUUGAGAUGGUUCUUCUUCGACUACAAAGAAACCAUGUAUCGGAAGUCGUUAUACCGACGCUUCUCGUCAUGAGGCUGAAUGAUGCUGAUGUCAUUACUCGUGUUGUUAAACUUUAUAAGUCCAUGAUAUUGGAAACAAGGUUCGAUGUGAACACCAACGUUAUGGCCACCAAGAUGAUACCUUCCUUGGCGCCUCAAACUGUGAACCCAACACUUGAUUUGGAGCAAUUUGGCUUUUUGAUGGAGAUUAUCUACGAUAUGCUUGAGAACAUUGACAAGCAACAACGUAGCCAGUUGAAGGAUACAAGUAUUCCUGUGCCCACACCUGAACGUCGUAUCUUCCGCCAACAAACGAGCACAGAUAUUAUUAACCCUCCACCGUUUAGUAUUCCCAACCUACGGGUGGAGAGACGGAAGACAUCCAGUGCCGAGGAAAUGGCUCGUAAAAACUUAGCCGCCGGUCCCUCGACCUCCAAGGCCACCAGUAGCGCCGCCGGUAGUGGUGUCGGUAGUGGUGUCGGUAGUGCACUCGGAAGUGUCGCCGGUAGUGUCGCAGGCAGCUUUAAGAGUACGGGCAUCGGCCAAUGGUUCUUCGGUUCGAACAACUCUACAACCAACGAUGGGAACUUCCUACGUGUUGCAAGCGUCUUUCCUAAUCGGCGCUUAUCAGAUAACACUUUGAUGACACCCAAGAUUCGCAUUGCUCCAUCUUGUGCUUCAUCUCCAGGAGGAACUCCAGGCGGCACCUCUGGAUUACCAACUCGGCGCCAUUCGAGCAUUGGACCGCAAGAGCGUCGAGGAUCUGCUGUAAACUUAUCACCACCCACUCUUGCACGGAGCAUGAUCGGUGGUUCGAUGCCGAAUACGUCAUCAAGCGUUCCGUUCUUGCUGACAUCAUCAAUGCAGUCGGUCAGGUCAAGGCGACCUUCCGCCUGCCUCAGCGGCUCGCAGGGCUCCGGGAUUCUUCAUCAGCUUAGCAGUGGCAUGGUAAGGCAUCUUCCGGUUGGCUCUCACGGCAAUGUACCGCAGGUGCAACAGCCAUGGGGUGCGUUACAGGGCGCAACGUCCGCAGGCUACAGCGCUUUACGGCACACGGCUUUGGCAGUCAGGAAAUGCCCUUCUCUAAAUAUCACACUAAACCGUUAAACGGUUGCUGUGCUACUCACUCGUAAUAACAAAACCCUCCUUACCUUUUAUCCUUAUUUGUUAUACGAGUGGGAUGAUUUUGGCGCUGCUCUGAAUUAAUCGAUACAUCGCUCACAGCGUUCCAAAGCACUUUAAGAACCUUACCCUCCCGUAAUGACCACCUAGCGCCCUUACCUUUGUGUAUGUGUCUUACGAGCAGGAGGUGGGGUUCAAGAACCUGCUUCGAGUACCUCAUUGCCGUAUUCUUAGUAGGUACUUAAUACGCUUUACGAACGUUUGGUACCUCAUCCGCCUGUAAAGAAUACCUUGUUCUCGUUUAGUAAAAGUUGCUGUUUCGUGUCCUGUAAAACAAGAUAUGCGAAGUUUAAAGCGCUUCCCGGUUUAUUUAGUAGCUCACCUGUUCGUGUCAAUCACCCGUUUGAAAUUCCUUACUAGUGGGAAGGUAUUGGGCGUUGAAUCGAUCAAUUCGGUGCAGCACCUACAGCGCUUCCUUGACAAUUCUGCCGCUCUGGCGAUCCCCGUCCGAUCCCUCCAAGUUUAGUAGUUCCAUUAUCAGUGUUGUUCAAGUAUUGACUUUAUAUUUAUUUGCUUUCAAAUUUCCGAUAAUGAUCUUAAAGGAGUAUUUAAUUUUCUUAAUAAAGACUGAUUCGCUUAUUUAUCUUAAGCUCAAUUUUAUUAAAUGAUUUCAUUGUAUUUCAAAAGUAUGUUGCGAUAUGUCGAUGCGGAAAGUAAGCUUUAAUUGGUAUAAUGUGGACAUAUCACUUCUCCAUUGAGCAAAAAAAUGUGAAUUAAAAAUGUCCAAUUAUAUUAAAAAAUUAGAAAUUUUAAAAAUUGAAAAUUAAAUGAAAUUAUGUAUUAAAAAUGUAACCAACAUUGCGUAGGGCAUAAUGUUGUUAGUGCUGCUGUGAUAUGCUAUUGUUAUAUUUAUUAGAAUUAUAUUUGAAUUUCUUCUUUUGUUUGUUGGUGUUAUCAAGGUUUAAAUAUAAAAUGACUCAACAUUAUUUGUUUUACCAGUUUGGUAAAGGAAGGAUAUCAAAAUAAAAUGUGCCAACACAAUUUAUAAGAGAUACUAGUCACGGUGAUUGUG